GUCUCGGCCCCGCCCCGCCCCUCUCCCGGCCCCGCCGCGCUCCCGCCCCGCUGCCGCUUCCCCGCCGCCAUGUGGGGCUGGAGGCGGUGCCGGGCUCGGGCCAGCGGCCGCGGCCUGGAGGAGUUGCGCGCCCGGCGGCGGGAGCGAGAGGCAGCUCUCAGGAAGGCCCGGCGGCAGGAGCAGCUGGUCAGCAAGCGGCUUCUGCGGGAAGACCCCGUGGCAGAGGGUGGGCAGGAUGGAGCGGAGAUCGUGCUGGACCCCCUCACGGAGGAGGAGGUUUCGGAACUGCUCAGAGGCGUGCAGAGAAGUUCAGAGGACAGGAGAAGAUCGCUGAGCCGCCUCCGCUGGGCUCUGCAGAAUAAGGAGACACAGCAAAAAUUUGUCAGGCUGGAUGGCAGCAUUCGGGUGCUCAUUGGACUGUUCACCAGCAGCCUGGCCAACAUGCAGAUGGAGGCAGCUCGCUGUCUCCAUGAGCUCUCUCACUCCAGCGACCCUGCUGUGGCUGAGGCAUGUCUGCCGGUGACCUCUUAUCUCCUGACCUACCUCUCAGGACACAGCGUUGAGUUCACGGAGCUGUGUUUGUACACGCUGGGGAACCUGGUAGUAGAAAGCGAGGCUGUGAGGAAACAGCUUCUGCCUCAGGGCAUUAUUCCAGCACUGGCGUCCUGCAUCCAGUCCCCCCAUGAGGCUGUGCUGGAAGGUCUGGGCUAUGUCCUGUCACAGCUGCUCCAAGCCAAAGAAGCCCCCACAGAGAUUGUACCCUUGGUUCUAGACUCCGGUCUCCCCCAGCACAUGCUUCGACUAGUUUGCUCCGGCCUCAAGUCUGGGACAGGAGCUGCUGUGGAGUUUGCCUGGUGUCUCCACUACAUUGUUUGUAGCCAUACAGUCAAUGCGGCAUUGCUGUCACUGGGGACUAUACCUGCUCUUGCCUCACUCUUGCUCAGCCUGGCCUCUGAAAUCUCCCAAAGCACUUCUGAGGGUCUGGAGCUGCUUGUCUGCCCAGUGCUGCGGUGCCUCAGCAACCUGCUUGCAGAGGAGACGGUGGUCUGCGAGGUCCAGAUCCAGGAUGAGCGCCUGCUCGUGGCCCUGUUCAUAAUCCUGCAAUGCUUCUUCCAGGAGCACCCAUUCAUUGUGCAGGAAUGUCUCUGGCUGCUGAACAACCUUACGGCGGAUGAGCCCUUCUUCUGCUCUGCUGUGCUCACUCUGGACCUGCUCCCAGCCCUGCUGCAGCUCCUGCCGUGUUCCCAGACAGUGAGCGUGUUGGUCCUGACCGUGCUGUGCAAUAUAGCGGAGAAGGGGCCGGCCUACUGCCAGGAGCUGCACCGGCAGGCUGUGAUUCCCCCACUGCUGGGCACCCUCAUGCUCACUGACUCGGAAGUGGUGGGGCAAUGUCUCGAGCUGCUGCACCUCCUCUUCCUGCACUGGCCGGAGGCUGCUGUUGACUUCGUCAGCCAAGGAGGGCACCGGGCCCUUGAGCAGCAUCAGAGCACCCCAGAACUCCAGGAGCGGGUGCGAGCACUGCUGGAUAUGGCCUCGCAGCCAGUGGGAGCCUCUGCUGCUGGUACCACGCAGGCUGCUGCAUUGCCUGCUUUCUCCUAGGUGAUGCCGUCUCCCUCGCCUCCACCUGCCCUUGUGCUACAAGGAGGUAUAAACUGUUCAGUGUGCUCUGCUUUCACACACCAUUGACCUAGGGAUGGUUUGUAAGCCCCAGCACAAGGCUGUCAGUGCCAGAUGGGGGUCCUUGGCAGAGUAUGGCUGUUCUCCGUUCCCCCUCCCCAAGGUCCUUACAGUCACCUGCUCAGAACCAAGUCCAGCAGGCUCCUCUAUGCCUCACCAUGUGUGGCUGGGGCAGAGCUGUGCUGCAACCAGUGCAGAAAGACUCUCAUUUCUGGGAAGGUGGUGUAUAAACCCUGCUGAAUUUGCUGGCUUACUCCGGUGUCUCCUUUUGUCACCGCAGCUUUAAGGGCAACACACAAAGUUCAGGGUGAGCAUAUGCCUUUAUGUGAUUAAUAACUUAAUGAUAGACAUGUUUCACAUUAAAGCCCAUCAGAAAAGUC